AUGGGAGUGCUUCAGCGGUAUCUAGUGCUAAAGGUUGCUUCGGUGGUUUCAUCUGUUUGUGUCACUAUGUCAGCUCAUGUGGACAAAGACACAGAUCCUUCUGACCAAGCUCAUCACUUCUCCACAAGCGUGAAUUCUCACUGCCCAAUUCGACCAUCCUUUUCGGCUAUGUCAUUCUCUGUUUCAAUACUCAGUCCAGAAAGCAGUAGUACUGAUUAUCUCGAUAGUGGACUUUCACCUACGACAACACGAGGGCCUCCAUUUGAUUCAUCUGAUCUGGAGAGUGCACAUUCAGAAGCCAGAGAAAAUGCCAUGAUGAGAUACAAAGAGAAGAAGAAGGUCCGAAUGAAUGAAAAGCAAAUCCGACAUACACCUCGGAAAGCUGAUCCAAGAAAGCGGGUAAAAGGUCAAUCACUAAAAGCAGAAGGCUACGAAUCUGACAGUGUCAAUGCGACACCAAGUUAUUGA